AUGCAGAUUUUCCGGUGCCACUUCUGCUCCUCUCCCUGCUACCCGGGCCACGGCAUCAUGUUCGUGCGCAACGACGCCAAGUGCUUCCGCUUCUGCAAGAGCAAGUGCCACAAGAACUUCAAGAUGAAGCGAAACCCACGAAAGGUCAAGUGGACAAAGGCCUUCCGUAAAGCCAGCGGCAAGGAGAUGACCGUCGAUUCUACCCUCGAGUUUGAGAAGAGGCGUCACAUCCCCGUGCGAUACGACCGAGAGCUCAUGGCAAAGACGCUCGCAGCCAUGGCACGUAUCCAGGAAAUCAAGCAUCGCCGAGAAGCCGCCUUCUACAAGGCUCGUCUCACCAAGGCCCGAGGCUCAAAGGUGGCGCAAAAGGAGAGGGAUCGUCUGGCGGUUCACAGGAAUGCUCACCUCAAGGCGGCCAUUGGAAAGGAGAGGGAAAGGAGUGCACUUCGCGAAAAGAGCAUUGCAGAGAGGAGAGAGAGGAAUCGGGAAGAGAAGCAGAGGGUGCGAGUGCGUGUUGGUGCGGCAGAGGGCAAGGGAGCCAAGAAGAGCAACCUCGUGCCGGGCGAGGGCACUUCGAUGUGA